CUCCCCAAAACACUACACCAUACCAUCACUGGACUUAGAAGAAAUGACACAAUCGAAAACCCGUGCACGUCUCGGAGCUCAUCUCCGUAACCUUGCGAUCAUUGCACAUCGCGCUGAGGCCGGUGUCGAACCUGUCCGAGCACCCGUGGACCGCGCGUACGAAGCGAAGCUGGAUCGUCUUAUCAGCGAUUUGCAAGGACGUGUAAAAGCACGAGGAGAACUCAUAGCUCAGAUGAGAGCUGGCACGCGACGGAAAAGCCUCUCCGAAUUCCUCGACCUCGAUCCAACCCCAGCAUCAUCCCCUCUCCCCUCCAUCCUCGCUCGUCGCGAAACGGAAAAGACAACUAUUGCGGCUCGUCAAGAAUUUAUCACCUCCUACCAAUCUCUCCAGCAAACACGUCAAGAAGUCCAAUUCGCCGAGGAGAACCUACGCGUCCUCGAAGAUGUCGGUCACGAGCUUCGCACACGACUGGAGAAACUCGAAGCAGCGUCCCCCGCAAACACCCGAUCAACGGAUACGGAACAAAAGAUUGUAGCGACUGAACAAACAUUCCUGCAUCUGUUGCGACAAUUGACGGGGUUCAUCGACACACACCUUGCACCGCGUCUCUACGCCGAGACCCGAGGUGCACCAUUGGGUACCCUCGAUGUCCCAGGCAAAGACCGCGAACCACGACGAGAGACGGGUCAAAGCACCCUCGAUGCGCACAUUGCAGCGGACAAGGGAACGGAGCAGAAGGUUAAGAGACUGGCAAGCGAGAUGAAGGAGUUGCUGGAGGAGCUGAUGAAUCAAGCCGUCGACACGACGCAAGAUGGUUACAUUACUGUUGAUGCAGAGAGUGUGUGUGUCCAGAUGCUUACACGAUCUGGUAUCGCUGUCGACGAUCCACGCGACUCGAGAAGAAUAAAGCUGUGCGAAUGGGGGUCAAUCGGUGGAUAACCAUAUGAUAAAUUGUUUUUGAUAACUAGGUAGUGAUAUCUUGAACGCCCCCAAAAAAUCACUUGGGUGCAAUCGUCUCAACGACAGCAUGCC